GUUAAAAGUGCACGGGAGCAAAGAGACAUAUAUAUACAUACAUACACGCACACACAACGCACCCUUGGAGUAGAAAGACGCGCAAAGAUCAUCAUCACUGAUAAUCUGCAGAUUCUUUUUUCAGCAGCUGAAGAAAAAGUUUCACACACAGAAGAGAAAACGAAGAAGAGGAGGCGUGUCUUUCAGUCCUGAGGAAGAAGACAACCGGCACAGACGCUCUGUCUUUUAUCUCUUCUCUAAAAUCAUAUUAGUGUUUUUACGUUCCCGCUCCUCCUGCAGGAUUUGUUGUGCCCUCUUCACAAACGGACACACCAGGUUUGCGUUGGUAAACACCGAGGAGGAGGAGGAGGAGGAGGAGGAAAAAGAAAAGGACGAAUAUUCAAACUAGGGCGCACCAAAGGGGGGCCAUAUCUCAGCAGGCAUGGCAGCGGUGUUGCCCAGAACCCUGGGUGAGCUGCAGCUCUACAGGAUCCUUCAGCGGGCCAACCUGCUCUAUUACUAUGAGGCCUUUAUCCAACAGGGGGGUGACGACGUGCAGCAGCUCUGUGAGGCAGGGGAGGAGGAGUUCCUGGAGAUCAUGGCUCUUGUGGGCAUGGCCAGCAAGCCACUGCACGUGCGGCGCCUGCAGAAGGCACUGAGGGACUGGGUCACCAAUCCAGCCAUCUUUAACCAGCCACUCACCUCACUGCCUGUCUGCAGCAUCCCUGUCUACAAGCUGCCUGAGGGCUCGCCCACAUUGCUCAGCACCCAGGACCGUACUAACACCACCAGUGUCAAGGUGCCAAAAGCUGUGGCCGCUGCCUGCUCCGACCCAGGGAAGCUGGACAUGGCAAGAGACAAAGUGUCACCCCUGCAGGGAAGUAGCGAGGCUCGUUUCUGGUCGGGUCACAGCAAUGACAGCGAGCACAGCCUAUCACCAUCAGAUCUAGGAUCACCAUCCUCACCCAGAGAUGCUUUAGAGUCUCUGGACAGUGCAGCAGUCCAGUCAGUCCUGGAGUGUGUAGACAGGAUGGCACCAGGACUUCCUAAAUCAGACCUGUCUGAGGUCAAAGAACAACUGAAGACCAACAAGAAGCUGGCCAAAAUGAUUGGACACAUCUUUGAGCUGCGCGAUGAUGACCCACGUAGGGAGGAGGAGAUCCGGAAGUACAGCGCCAUCUAUGGACGUUUUGACUCCAAGAGGAGAGAUGGCAAACACCUGACACUGCAUGAGCUGACAGUGAAUGAGGCCGCGUCGCAGCUCUGUAUGAGAGACAUGGCUCUGCUUACACGUCGGGAUGAGCUGUUUGGUCUUGCCCGGCAAAUUUCCAGAGAAGUCACCUACAAAUACACCUACCGGACCAGCAAGUCUCGGUGUGGUGACAGAGAUGAACCCUCCCCUAAAAGGAUUAAAACUGAGGAGAACUUCUUUGACAUUCAGGAGGCACUGCAGGCCAUCCACAUGAGGCAGGAGAUGCUGAGGGAGCAGCUGGCCUGUGCCAAAUCCAAAGGAGAGGAAACUGUUGGACGCAGCCUGCAGAUACAACUGGAGCGUCUGCUUGCAAGGCAGAUGGAGAUCCUGCAGGACGCUGCUGUCCAGGAACGUCUCCAGGCUUUGGACUGGAGGAUUCCUCCUGCUGCUUUAAAGUACCUCAACAAUGCUCAAAACACCAAUGGAGCUGAGGCCAGCAGAGAGAGCCAAGAAGAUCGACCAAUUAACCUUCGAGUGGUCAGUCAGAACAUGCAGGAAGGCGACCUCCCAUUGGGCAAGCAGCUAGCCAAUGAACUAAAACGUCAUCAUAACCACAACAGCAGCUCAGAUGAGACCAAAACACUAGCAACAGAAAAUGGGAUGUCUCAGCGGACAUCCAACACAGAAAAAAAGAUCAUCAAAUCAGAGCCAGAAGACUCCACAUAGUGCCUCCGGCCUCCCAACCAACACACCCUUGUAAUUCUACUCACACUUGACCAUAUGCAGUUAUUACUCAUCAGUAGAUACUAAGCAAGCACAGCCACAGUAGAGCCUUAACAACCAAUGUUGCCUCAUAUGAAUAGCAUUUAUUUUUAUUUCCUUUAGCCUUUUUGUUUUUUAAAGUAUUUGCCAAAGCACCUAGAGAGCACAUCCAGACAUCCCUCAGUGCUCUGCAGAUCGUUGUGUGUUGGUUAGACGUUUGUGUCAAUUAAAGUUUGUUCAUCUGUAAACUCUUUACCUCAGCCCGGGAGCUGCUUUUGUUGCUUUCUGUGGACAACCAGGUGUCAGAUGUCGCUGCCAAGGCUGAAUCCUAAUUCCAGUCUGAAUUUACACGUGGAAUUUUUGGGUGUGAAUGCAUAUUUAAAACAUAGGGGACUCUUGGCCUAACCUGCUGAUAUGACUGUACCAGGGGGGCACAGGUGCCAUUAGACAAAUUGUGCACGUACAGAUGCAGUCUAAGCAAUUCAAAUUCAGUUUCUGCUGGCAAAAGUUUUUUUUCCAUACAUAAAACCCAAAACCAUCUAUAAAUUAAAUAGCACCUAUUAUGAUCAUCAUCAUGAGGCCUGAAGACCCUGUCACUAGACAACUUAUGCUAACUUAUGAAAAUAUUUUUAUGUCUAAAUUGCUAAUAAAAGAUUUUUAUUUAAAAUUAGUUAGAUUUACACUGUGUACACAUCUAAAAGCUUCCAAUUGAUUUUUUUCAAUUCCAUCUUCAACAUAGAUGUCUUUAAAAUUUUCAUAAGUUGGCGUAAG